AUGCGUGUAUGUCGUUGUGCUUGGCGAAAUUUUUUUCCAUGUUUAAAAUUAUGUGAAAUAUAUUUUUGUCAUCGAUUAUAUUUAAUUUAUCAAAUAUUUUAUUUUAAUGAUGAUGAAUCAAUUGAUCUUCGUAUUGAUACAAUAUUACAACCAUUCUUUUUCAUAACUGAUCGUUUGACAAAAUAUAUUGGAAGAUUAUUUAUAUGUUUUUUUUUUAUUAUUAUUUCAGUUGUUGUGUAUAUAUUUUAUACAUCAAUAUUUCUUCAUUUAUUUAAUGAAAUUCAAGCACAACAUAAUUAUUUAACUUUUAUUUGUCAUAUUAUUGUUGCACAUUGGCUUUUAAUUAAUAUUAUGUUUAAUUAUAUACAAUGUGUAAGAGUUGAUCCAGGUUCAUCACCAAAUUUUGGUUAUUUACAACCAUAUGAUUUUGAUAAAGAAAAUAGAGAUGUAAUGAAAAUACAUCAAGCUAAUAUUGAUAAGAACAAUAAUAAUAAAUCUAAUGAAGUAACAAUAUUAGAUUUGACAAAUGAAGAUUCCAAUUAUACGCAAUUAUCAUUAAAAACUCCACUUGAUUCUUCCAAUGCAAUAAUUCAUUCAAAAAUUUAUACUCAAAAUGUUUGUCGAAAAUGUAUCUUUCCAAAACCAACACGUGCUCAUCAUUGUUCCGUAUGUGCCAGAUGUAUAUUAAAUCAAGAUCAUCAUUGUCCAUGGAUAAAUAAUUGUGUUGGACAUUUAAAUCAUCGUUAUUUUUUUCAAUUUUGUUUUUUUUUAACAAUUGGCGCAUUUUAUGCAUCAACAUUAGGUUUUAGUGAAUUUCAACAUUAUUUAUUUGGUCGAAAAAUAUUUUCCUAUUUGGAUUUAAUAUUAGGUCAACAUUUAAAUGAAGCUGAAGUAUUACCUAGUGUAGACAAUCCAUCAUUAUCUUAUACAUUUUUAUUUUUAUUUAUUGUUACUAUAACAGCAUUUAUAGUAUUAGCUGGUUUUACAUUAUGGCAUGGUUGGUUAGUAUCACGUGCUGAAACAACAAUUGAAUUUCAUACAAAUUCAGUUGAAAGAAAACGUUUAAAAAAAUUAAAAGAAAAAUUUAUUAAUCGAUAUGAUUUAGGUUUGAUAUUAAAUUGGAAGAUGUUUUUAGGUUUAAAUAAUUGGUAUGAAAUUUUUUAUAAGAAUUUUUUACCAUCAACUCAUAGACCAUUUUGUGAUGGAAUUCAUUGGCCAGUAAGAAAUUUUACCAAAUCAUUAUAUGAAACAACAAAAAAAUUAGAAAUGAUUAAUGUUUAA